GAUCGAAACCAAGAAUAAGCAGUCGACUGGUUCCAUAUUCGACUCAGAGCAGAAAAGACCGCAUACUAGACUUGAAGACCCAUCUUUUUCUCAUAAUUUUAAUUGCAGCUUCCUGACUCUGCACAAGUCCUAUGGCUGCAGCCGCGGCUAUACGAACGCGUGAAGCGUCAAAUCACAAAGUAGCUCCUUGCGAAGAAAGCCACGUCCUGCUGAUCCUUACUCAAUUUCACGCACCGAAGCCCGAAGUAGACUGUGACCGAAGAUUACAACUUGCUCUGACUCUUUACAAAUCCUCCAAACUCGACCAGAAAAAUGCGGUCCUCAACGACAACCCCAUCUCCAAACUACAAGGACAUGCGGGACCCGGAGCUGUUGCGGUACGGGACACCCGACAUGAUUCUGGUUGCAAACGGAGUGCGACUUUACAUUCAUAGUUCGAAGUGUGCGGCUUAUUCCAAGGAAAUUCACCAGCAAGUCUUGCAUCCGGACUCCUUUUUCGGAAAGAUGCUAGUUUUGAGGAAUGGCAGGUAUCAAAUGAUACAUAUGGCAUUUUGAUGAUCUUGCUUGGUGGCAAUCGUUCUUGUUUUUCCUCACUCAGAGCGGGCACGCAUGCCGAAGACGGAAGAUGUCCUAGAUGUAGUAAUCUCUCAAAAAAAAAAUACCAUGUUGUGAAGUAGGUAGUCGUAUCUUAUGUGCCCACUGUUUGAAAGAAGCUCAUUUUUCUACACAUGGUUAUUUUUGUCCUGCAUCAUGUUCGAAAGAGGAGCCACGUUUUCCAUGUCUGUGUUACUUCAGGAGUACACCUGCCGCGAUCGCAUUGCUUGAUACGAUCUACUCGCCACAGAAAGUUCCUCCGAAUGGUUUACUCUUCGAGGUCUGUGAAAUCGCGCAUGAUUACGACAUGCAACUUGUUUUGCAAAAGAUCAAGUUGGGCUUGAUCAAGCGAGGCUCCGCAACACCGCUUAUAGAGGCAGUUCGCGAAUCAGUCAAAGUCCAGACGGCACUCGUCACGGGCGGCGAGAGUCUCGUUCCGUCGGCCUCCUCGUCAGGGUCUUACGCGGCGAGCGAUAGUGGGAUAAUGCUGCGUAACAGCUCGGCGGAUGGCAGGAGGGGCCCGAGCGCGUCGAGCAUAGGCGGAGAUGUCGUGAUGGCCGCCGCCGAGCAGGGCGCAAGACCAGCACGCACCGUAAGCUUUAGUGGCGUUCCGGGUGCUAGUGGUCGAACAGGAUCAUCAGCAGUUGGCCCAGCCGUCUCGCUAACAGGUGGAGGCGGCAUAAAGCGCCAUGGCGCGAUAUCGUUCGACAUUUUUCCGAGUGGGGUCACACGAACGGGUGUUCCGCUCACAGUGUUAGAGGCGUAUGCGGAAUUCACUCUGCAUGAACUACGAACCAUGCCUCGGUUUACAGAAGUGCCAGCACCAAUACGACUGCAGAUAUCAGACACGAGAGUGCGCAUUCUCGAAACCCUAUUGCACACUCAACAAUCCUUAAAACCCGUUUUAGCAGAAAAUAGAACAACACUUUUUCGUAAACCGGAGGCUGCUGAGUGCGUCCGUUGA